AUGGACACCACACGUGUGAAAUACAAUGACUACGACAUGAAACAGGUGCUUGCAAUGAUUGCAGAAGAGUUACCGAGAAUCAGGAGCCUGCAAGUUCAUGAGCAGGUGUGGUCGUAUUUCAUGCAGGCUGUAGACCCAGAAUUGUCCAAACUGUCUAACACAAGUGGCCGCGUAUUUUCAGUGCAAGCAGUUUCAGCCGUAGCGUGCGGCUUUUUUGACACACAUUCCAACCCGAUCUCUACCCGGCGUGAGCCUCAGCAAGACUCUGAGCUGCCCAAAGCCUCAAAGCGCAAGACCACCCCCAGGAUCGACCUCGACGCCCACUACAAGCAUCAAGAAACCAACAAGGAGUGUGGAAGACUCCUCACACUUGCGUCACUAGGCACAUUGUCCACAGACAGGCAGCGAGCAGCAGCUAGGGUUGUAGAUACCACACACAUCAUAAAGUGCGGAAUCAUCCGCAAGCCACACGAUCACACCCCACGACUCGAAUGCUACAAGCUCAGAAAGGGACAUCUUACCACUGGUAGUCGCAAGCCGGCACCGCCCCCAGAGCUUAUCACCUCCAACGCAGUCCCUCCCCCCGUCAUUGCUCCCAUUCCAACUCAUCCCCUACCCAACUUCAUAAAGACAAACACCAUCGCACGUCUCAUCUGCCCACUCCCUUCCAGAGUCAGGCCGAUGAUCCACAUCGAGACCCUUACGAAGCAGGUAGACGCUACCCGCUUCAGGCUCCAGCCCAUAUUAGGAGCAUUCUCAUAUCGUCUCAAGGACGAGCACCAAGGACCCAUCUUUAGCCUCACCACAGAGCUCGAUAAAGUCUGCGCUGACCUACACACAGGGACGCGCACAUAUACAUUCGUCGAGAAACAGGUUAUCAACAAAGUCUGUCUGGAGAUAGGAGGAAUCAGUUUCAAGCAGAUAGGAAAGGAAGAGAGGCUGCAGGAAAUUGCCAAGGCUCUGGUCUUCAUCUCGAAAGCGAGAUAUUUGCACUUUUUGUAUUAG